CCGUUCAGUUCGUGUCGGAAGCUGGAACGGUUCGGUCGUGUUUUUUGAGAACGGUUCUCCCUGUCGGAACAUUCUGUGCGCGCCUCCACCAAACGUGUGUGUGUGUGUGUGUGCUCACACACAUACAAAGUAACUUUUUCUGUUUGUGCGUUCUGUUUUAUUCUAUUGGUGUCUAUUUUAUACGCGUGUGAGUUGUGUGAUCCCUUCAUAUUCUCUUAUCAGUCGGAGCAUAUCUUCCCGUCCGACUCCGAUUGUCCGUGGCGGCCCCGUCGGCAGUCAGUCAGUUGCAGCUUACACCUUGACUUUACUUCCAAACGAUAAUGUGAUGAUUGCCUCUUAGUGCAAGUGAAAUAAUUGAAUCCAGUAAAGUGCAACCAACCGUUUUGUGUUACCCUCGACACGCAGAUAAGCUUCACUGAUAGGAGUGAUCCCUGUGGAAAGAUGCUGUGAACGUGAGAAAAUUUUUAAUCAACGAAUAAACGAAGACGAACAGGGCAAAUUAAGGUCCCGCCGUUCUCUGUACCGCUGACGGAUCAGAUGACUGACGAAAAUUAAACCCAGAUGCAGUGCUAGCAAGAAGAAAAAGUGCGAAAGAAGGAAAAAUUUAUCAAAAUGAGCGCAAUCGCAGCGGAAAUCUCGAAGCUGAAUUCCUUCACAAAGUGCUCAAAAGUGGGGGUAUUUCAAAGAAGAACAACAACAGUUUUCGCGACGACGAAGAAGAUGCUGCUGUCAUCGUUUCUAAUGUUGGCGUUUUUGCUGACGGGAGAACCCUUCACCCUGCUCCGGUCCUGCGCCGGGCUGGAGCUCAACGAAACGCUAAUUACGCAGAAACAUCGGAACAAUCAUCAGCACCAACAUCAACGGUACACGAUUGAUGAGCUUCUCACCCUCGAGUUCGCUGCGAGGAUCUCCGACGACAUCGACAUGGACCCGUGCAAGUCGAGCCAAUUCAUGGGUGACAUCGCGCUGCCCAACAUCAACUACGAAACCGAGUGGCAGCGGCAGCGCCUCAACAAAACCUUCCAGCAGGAGCUGGAAAAGCUCAAACAGGAGGUGUACCACGAGGGUCUGCAGGUGGAGGAGGAGGGUCUCACCGACAUUGUCCGCAAGAAAACAAAGCAGCUGUCCGGGCUGGACCUCGUUACGACCUCCUCCUCCUCCUCCACCACCUCAACUUCCGCUGGGUUGAAUCGAAAUUUGAACGAUCCAACGGUGGACGUUGGGGAUGAUGGGUCACAACCUGUCGAUCAUAAAUCACUGCAGAAUCGACGCCGGCAUCACGUGGUGGACGACGAUGAGAAUGCCAUAAUUGACAGUUACUAUGGGGAAUCCCAGCAUAUUAAGGCGACCAUUAUUGAUAACAACGAUAACAUCAUCGGCCGGAACAAUGGGAGUGGUGGCAACGCUGGUCAGGCCAAUCAAGAAGUGGUUCGUGGGGCGUCGUCAACGGCAACGCUAGGGGAGGUUGACCAGCAAAAGUUGGGUGGGCCCACUCCAUCUAGCAAGAGUGAUGUUUCCAAGGGGAAAGCCAAAGGCAGAACGACAGACGUUCGCAACAUUGACCACAAUCGCAUCCAAUCCGACACCAAGGACAUCGUUAUAGACGACUCGAGCGAUAACAUCAUCAGCAACGGGCACGUAAGCCGGAAAAGUGCCCUUCCACCGGCAGUAGCCACUACCACUUCCACGCUGCGGCCAAUUCGCACCACUCAAGCCAAUCGCUUCAGCAACUCCGGUGGCAAUGGCCGCACCCUCGAGGACGUCCAAGUCCUCAACGGUGACGGAACCAUCACGACCCACAAGCGCCAUCGACGACGCCGACGGCAGGGAGUUGGUCGCAAAAACUCCACCAACGAAGACCUCGCACCCCGCCGAAAGCCCCUGAACGCCAACGCGGACUCGUACCGCGCUCGCCUCGAACGGCUCCGGUCCGAACUCAGCAGUCCCACCCUCUCCAUCGAAGACCCUACGGUGAAAUCCAAUCGCAAGCCGAAAACACACUCCACCAAAGACAAACAAACAACGUGGGAGAAAAAACCCGCCAAAAAGAGCCACAAACAAACGGACAAAUCCAGCGCCAAGCGGCGGAAACCGACUACGGAGCCGACCCGCGUUCUGGACGACAUCAUUAUAGAAGACCAUGACCACCAUCAGCACCAGCAACAACAACAGACUGCUGCUGCAAACUUGCUGAAGGAUGCCAACGGAAAUGUCAUCCAGUCGUCGUUCAUGGCGGCACAUCUAGUAAGCGACGGCGAUGAUGAUGACCGGAAACACCACCAUCACCACUGGCAGGAGCAACCUGUUGAACUUGGUGAAAGCAACGACAAUUCCAAAACAUCCGAGCCGCGACACCACCGCGUGACCCGCGCGGCCACGGCCAAAAAGGAACGCAUCUGGGACUUUGGCGUGAUUCCGUACGAAAUCGACGGGAACUUUAGCGGACUCCAUAAAGCUCUCUUCAAGCAGGCCAUGCGCCACUGGGAGAACUACACGUGCAUCAAGUUCGUCGAGCGCAACCCGAUUGAUCACCCUAAUUACAUCGUGUUCACCGAACGGCAGUGUGGAUGUUGCUCCUUCGUCGGGAAGCGAGGCAAUGGUCCGCAAGCCAUUUCGAUCGGCAAGAACUGCGACAAGUUCGGAAUCGUGGUGCACGAACUAGGUCACGUGGUGGGCUUUUGGCAUGAACAUACCCGACCGGAUCGUGAAAACCACGUGGUCAUUGAGAAGAACAACAUAAUGCAGGGUCAGGAGUACAACUUUAACAAGCUUACCGAGGACGAGGUCAAUUCACUUGGUUUGCCGUACGAUUACGACUCGAUUAUGCACUAUGCGCGGAAUACCUUCUCCAAGGGCACCUACCUGGACACGAUCUUCCCGAUUGAGAUGCCCACGCGGAAAAGGCCGGAAAUUGGUCAGCGGUUGCGGCUUAGCGAGGGAGAUAUUGCCCAGGCGAAUCUGCUGUACAAGUGUGCUAAGUGUGGCCGAACCUUCCAGGAGAACUCGGCCGCGUUCACCUCGCCCAGCUACUACAGCAAUCAACCCCCAAACGAGCCGGAACGGUGCGAAUGGCGGAUUACUGCCACCCAUGGCGAGCGGAUCGUGCUGAACAUCACAGACCUGGACAUUUACAAAUCCAACAACUGCCGGUCGGACUAUCUGGAGAUUCGGGACGGCUACUGGCACAAGUCGCCGAUUCUUGGCAAGUUUUGCGGCUCCGGUAAGGUGAACGACCUGAUCAAAUCAACGGGGAGCCGAAUGCUGCUCACCUACACGACCACGUUCCGGCAGGCCAACAUGCGAGGGUUUGCCGCCAGCUAUGAGGCGGUCUGCGGUGGCAACGUGAACCUGGAGAGCGGAGGCCGGCUCGAGUCGCCCAACUACCCGAUGGACUACCUGCCGAACAAGGAGUGCAUCUGGAAGAUUACGGUGCCCAAGGACUACCAGGUGGCGCUCAAGUUCCAGUCGUUUGAGGUGGAGAACCACGACAACUGCGUGUACGACUACGUUGAGGUGCGUGACGGGGACUCGGCGGACUCGCGGGUCAUCGGGGUGUUUUGCGGGUACAAGAUCCCGCCGGAUAUGAGGUCAACCACGAACAAGAUGUUCGUCAAGUUCGUUUCGGACGGGUCGGUGCAGAAGGCAGGGUUCUCGGCGACCUUCAUGAAGGAGGUGGACGAGUGUGAACACAUGGACCAUGGCUGUGAGCACGAGUGUAUCAACACGCUGGGAGGUUACGAGUGCGCUUGUUACAUCGGUUACGAGCUGCACAGCGAUAAGAAGUCCUGCGAGAACGCUUGUGGAGGUACGCUGAAGCAGCCCAAUGGGACAAUUUUUUCUCCGUCCUUCCCGAACGAGUACCCGAUCCUGAAGGAAUGCGUCUGGGAGAUCAUCGCACCACCUCAGCACAAGAUCACGCUGAACUUCACCCACUUUGAGCUGGAGGGUAAUACGUUCUACCAGGCGUCCGAGUGCGAGUACGACUCAGUGACGAUCUACUCCAAGAUCACCGAGGACAACCUGAAGAAGCAUGGAGUGUUCUGCGGGACGAAACUUCCGGGCUCGAUCACUUCGGAGAGCAAUACACUGCGGGUGGAGUUCAAGUCGGACAAGACCAUCCAGAAGUCCGGCUUUGCCGCGAUCUACUCCACGGACGUGGACGAAUGCGCGGUCAACAACGGAGGAUGUCAGCACGAGUGCAAGAACACGCUUGGAUCGUACGUGUGCUCGUGCCACAACGGGUACACGUUGCAGGACAACGGACACGACUGCAAGGAGGGUGGCUGUAAGUACGAGGUUACGACCCCGAACGGGCAGAUCUUCAGUCCCAACUAUCCGGACUACUACCCGCCCAAGAAGGAUUGCAUCUGGCACUUUACGACCACCCCCGGACACCGCAUCCGGCUGGUGUUCAACGUGUUCGACAUCGAACCGCACCAGGAAUGCGCUUAUGACCACAUCGUAAUCUACGACGGCGAUUCGCCGGAAAGCUUCACCCUAGGUCGGUUCUGCGGGGCCAAACUGCCCCACCCGCUCUCCUCGACCUCGAACGAGAUGUAUAUGGUGUUCAACACGGACACCAGUGUCCAGCGGAAGGGCUUCUUCGCGAGCCACUCGACCGCCUGCGGGGGUCACCUGCGGGCCACCAACAAGGUGAAGCAUAUCUACUCGCACGCCAAGUUCGGCGCCGGCAUGUACGACAACGGGGCUGACUGCGAGUGGUCCAUCGAGGCGGACCGCGACAAGAACGUCCAGCUUAAGUUCCUCACCUUCGACGUCGAGGAGGAGCGCAUGUGCUCGUACGACUACGUCGAGGUGUACGGCGGGCUGGACGACGCGAGCGGACCGCUGCACGGCAAGUACUGCGGCAAUAGCAACCCCCCGGAAAUCAUCUCGCUGAACGAAGCGCUCUUAGUUCGCUUCCGCUCGGACGACACCGUCGGCUUCAAGGGCUUCUCCGCCUCCUUCGUCGCGGUCAGCCCUUUUGGGCCCGACGGUCCCGCCUCGGACGAGGACCUGUCGGAGAGCGCCGAAAUCACACCGUUUCCGGGCUCGCUCAAAAACACCGUCAUCCGGCAGCAUCCGGGCGAGGACGUGGACGAGGAGGACGACGACGAGGACGAGCGCGCCUACGAGCCGCUGUACAACCAGCGGCACCUGAACCCCAAGGUGCGCAUUUCGGUGCGCAACGAGAUCCGGUCCUCGCAGGCGAUCGACUGAAACAGGCCCCGCCGCGUCGGCAUCCGGCGCAAGGUUAACUAGUGUGGGUGAGCGCGCCUGGGCUCGUGAGUGUGUAUGUGUGCGGGUAUGCGUGAGCUGAGUUUGUGAGUUUUAUUGUUUUAAUUGUUGACAUUUGUCGGUUUCUGCAAUCUGGACAUUUUUUUAAUUUAGUUUGGUACAUCGUGCAACGUGCCAAACGAUAUAGCUACCUUAAAAUGCUUUACAUCUUUGUUUCAGGGGUCAAGAUUUGGUAAUUCUUUCUGUAAGUUAGCUAUGAACCAAUUGGUUUGUUUAUGUUUUUCUCUACGUACCGAACUAGCGAUGGAUUGAUAUUUAUUUCUUUAAAAGUUGCAUGCAAGAUGGAGUCUUGACUUUCAUGGAAGUUCUAUUAAAUUGCAUGCAUUCAAUGCACUCAAAUAAAUCCUGUUGAUUUAUUCAAUAUCGUUGAAGUUUGACAUUAUCCAGCAAUGCUCAAACAACAUUUAUACAUGUGUGUGUUUUUUUUUCAUCAAAAUUGCGUAUGGGUGAGUACAGAGUACAUUCUUUAGCUAAAAUUAAUUGCUUGAUCGAGGAGUAACUUGCCUUGGCUGAGCGUUGAAGUUCCUUUUUCCAGAUUUUGCAGAGCUCACCUCAGCUGAAUCUUUUUGCAGAAUCAAGCAGUUAUUGUAAAAUACCGAGUCAUGUCAAUAAUUAAGAUUAACCAACAUUAUAAUUUCAUAAUCUGACGUAAAAUACUGAAUUAAUUUCAGCGAAAACUCAACUUGACAUCAAUCCAAAGAUUAUAAAAACCAAAGUACGAAAAAUAAAAACCCAAUUGAAAGUUUUCCUGAACAAUCUGAACAAAAUCACAGCAAACACUACUGGAAUAACUGCAAAUAUAAAAAAAAACAUUUUGAACGGUAAUAUCCUGGUUCAAAAUUCACAAUUGUAAAAUUCAAAAUAAAUUACAAAAACAGAAACGACGACACAGAAAUGUCUGUGAUGAUAAAUUCCAACAAAAAAAAAUACUGCACGAAAAUAAAAGACAAAUAAUUUAUUUAUAAAACAAUCCCCUUUUCUGGGCAGCUACUACUGCAAGUUAGUUUUAACAUCGCGUUUA